AUGUCCGCCUGGCUCCGCAGCCCGUUCCUGGGCCGGCCGGCUCGCCCGGACUCCUCGGCCCCCGACUCGGAUGACGCCGCCGCCGUAGCCGCGCCGGCGGCAGGCGAGACGGCGGCGCUGCAAAUCGGCCCGCUGGCCCCGAGCGACUCGUUCACGGCGCACCAGCUCUUCUACGUGUUCGGCAUCGACGGCGUCGGCGCCAUGAUCCUGUCGGGGGGGAUCAACUUUGGCAUUGCUUGUGGAAGAGAUGCAAUGGGACUGACUCGCGCGGUGUGUGACAACCCCCCUCGCACAACAGCAAUGUACGCGAACCAGGACGUCGAACGCAACCCGAUCCGCCUCUUCCAGCUGCCCAACACGCUCGCCGGCGACGGCGCCGUCACCAUCGUCGUCCAGUGCCUCGUCACCUGGGUCAUCGAGCUCGUCCUCGUCACGCGCGACCUGCGCGCCGGCGGCGUCCAGCCCGUCGGCUUCGUCCCGGCGCCCGAGAACCCGGGCUGGCUGCUGCGCGCGCUGCUCGCCCUGCCCGAGGACACGGACACGGACCCCGACGCCGCCGCCGCCACCACCACCACACCCGCGACGACCGACACCGUCGAAGCCGCGGCGGGCACCGCACACCAGCCCACACUCGGCGGCGACAAGUUCUGGUCCGCCCGGCGCUGGGCGGCCCUGCUGGCGGCGCAGGUCCUCGCCGCCGUGGUGCCGAGCUUCUUCCUCCUCUGGGCCCCCGCCGUCGGCAUCCUGACGGCCGUGGGGCGGCGCCGGUUCGACGCCGGCUGGGGGUGGGACUGGUACUUUGGCCGGCGGUGGGCGCCCGAGGUCUUCAAGCUGCUGUUCGGGGGCCUGCUGGCGCUGCUGACGACGCCGCCCGUCGUGCUGUUCUGGCUCGUGCGGUGCGGCUGGGAGGUGCGGGCGAAGGAGCAGGUCGUCGUCGUCGAUGGCGACGGCGACGGCGACGGCGGCCGGUCGGGGUCCGGGUCGGGGUCCGGGUCGGGUGCUGCUGUUGGUGGCGGUGGCACUGCUGAAGAAGCUGGGGGGGACGUGGGAGGCGAGACGCAAUCAUGA